AUGGCAUCAGACGCUUUUCAAGCCAGCCGGGCAGAGAGACACAAAUACUCUGCAAACUCUCCUCACCUCCCAGUGCCCCCAGAAACAGAUGUCAGGGAAGCAGGUGGUGGGCGCAAGACCCAGGCUGUGGCUGCCUUUGUCUGUACCCCGCUGGCCGGGUUCCUCUCCCUUCUCGGGGGCAGCGGUGUGGUGGCCGGGCUGGUCCCGGAAUCUGACACCAGCAGAGAGGGAUCCGGGUGCAAACUCUGCCCCAGGGACUGGCUGCUGCACGGGGACAAGUGCUACUGGCUGUCUAAGGAGCGUAAAGACUGGACUGGGAGCCGUGACGACUGCUCAGGGAAGAGCUCUCGCAUGCUCGUGAUCCAGAACCGGGAGGAGAUGGAUUUCAUACAAGAUGUUGUACAAGAUGCAAACUACAUCUGGAUUGGCCUUAAAGUGACACCCCCGGGGGGGAAAUGGCCCUGGGUGGACGGUUCCCCAUUAGAUCCAGUGCGCUUCUCAGGCUCUGCUGAUGGGAACAGCUGCGGGUGGAUAAAAGGCAGCCAGGUUCUGUCUGAGACGUGUGCCGCGGAGCUCAAAUGGAUCUGCCAGAAAGAAGCUGCCGUGAUAUAAACAGUGCAACUGAGGAUCCACAUUUGUGUAGCUGUAAUGUGAAGUACCCCCCAUUUAGUCUCCUGGGUAGGGCCCUACCAAAUUCACCCAUCCAGUUUGGUAAAUUUCAUGGUCAUGAGAUUUUUAAAAGUCCUUUAAAUUUCACAGUUUUAGCUAUUUCAAUCUGAAAUGUCACCCUGUUGUAACUGUGUGGAUCCCAU